UUAUAUGAUUCUAUUGUGGGUGUGCUAAACUAAAUAUUUGAAGAAUAGAUAGUUUGUCUGUUUUUCCAAGUUAAUUAGUUAAAAACACAUAAUGAGCGAGAAAGAAAAAGAGAUGGAGGAGAUGUGGUUGGAGGAGAAGAAGAUUGUUGAGCAUUGGAGCCAUGAGCAUCCACUUACUUUGGUGGAAACUCGUAGAGAAGAUAAAUGUUAUGGUUGUCAAAGGUCAUUUAGUAGUGAAGAGCAAGCGUAUGGAUGCAGCAAGGGAUGCAGGUAUACAAAAUUAUUACACCAAGAAUGUGCACAAGUGGCAAGAAAGAUAAGGCAUGAGUUGCACCCUCAACACAUAUUCAUCCAAGAUCACGAACAAUGUUUGGGGAUGUGUAACAUAUGUCGAUUGUCUAUAUGGAGCAUUGGUUACAGAUGUACGAGCUCAUGUGAGUUUCAUAUGCACAUGAGAUGCGCGCAAGGUAGUAGCAUGAUGGAAGCAGAUGAUGAUGAUGAGCAGCAAAGAGGUGGCAACAUCAUUCGUCAUCUGAGUCACCCCAAACAUGAGUUGAAGUUGUUGAGGAGGUUUUGCUCCUUCAAGUGUGAUGCUUGUGGCACCACACGCAGAGGGAGUUCCUACACAUGCACCGCGGAUGCUUGUCAAUAUUGGAUCCACGAGAGAUGCGCAUCCUUGCCUCCAACCAUGGAAAGGGAAGACCACCAUCACUCUCUCACUCUCUCUUUUCAUCUCCCACUUGAAUAUAUCAAGUAUGACUACAAAUGCGAUGUAUGCAAACAAUAUUUGUUGCCCAAACAUUGGAUAUAUCAUUGUCAACUUUGCAGAUAUAUUGUCCACAUCAAGUGUGCUUACAACACCAUUGAAAAUAAUGCAAGUGCAUCCAAUGAGAAAGACAUGAUCCAACUUCCAAUCAAUGAUGUGGCUGGGGAGCUAAUUACACCUUUUGUAAAGAGACAAGGAGGAGAAGCAAUAGCAAUAGCACCACCCACUGAUGAUCAUGAUCAUGAUGAGAUGGUGAAUGUGAAAUAUAAGUUCCUUCAUCACCAACAUCAACUCACUUUACUCACAUUAUCCUAUCAUGAUCAAAACCAAGAAAAAGAAGACUACGAUGAUUAUGGAAAAAAAUCAGAAGAAUUAGUAUGUGAUGUGUGCAUUACUCUUAUAUUUUCACCAUCAUCAUCUUCUUCAGAUAAGUACUACUACAUGAGUUGCAGUGAAUGCAAAUUCAAUCUUCACAUAGCCUGCUUCCACUUGCCAUCUAAGAUCUCCUCUUCUGCUGUCCACAAACGUCAUCCCUACCUACUCCUUCAAACAUCUAGCCGUGACGCAUGGGAUUGGAAACUUUGCUCGGUCUGUUGGCACUAUACGAAUGGGUUGUUCUACGCUUGUCCAAAAUGCUCCUUCAAAGCAGACAUCAAGUGCGCCUCUAUGCCGGACACCAUAUAUCACACGGCUCACCCACAACAUCACCUCAACCUUGUCUCUGAACAUGAUGUUGAGAGACAACGUAACCAAUAUUAUUGUGGUGCUGGUUGUGGUGACUCCUCAUCUUUGUAUGAUUGUUAUGCAUGCGGCAGCUGUGAGUUCAUUGUGCACGUUCGAUGCGCGGGGGUGCCGACAUCAAUCACGAGCCCCACAUGGGACAAGCACCACGCACUGCCAUUGACAUACGACGCCAAUCUGAACCAUCCGGGUGAAUUCUACUGCGAUAAGUGUGAAACAGAAAUGAAUCCCAAGAGUUGGAUGUAUCACUGCCGCCACUGCGAUAUAUCAUUCCAUCCCCACUGCUUUAAAACCACAUCCGGUCGCUAUAGAAACAUUAAGUUGGGAAAGGAAUAUGUGAAUGUGGCAGCUCAUCCACACCCUCUCACCUUCCAACUUCUCACCACCAAACGCCGUUGCAACGUUUGUCAUCUGAAUACGUAUGAACUUUCAGGAUUUCACUGUGCAUCGUGCAACUUCUUCAUUUGUUUAUUCUUCUGCGGUCAAAAAAUGCUCAAAGAUGGCAACAUGAAGGCUGUCGAUUGAAAAAAGUAUCAGCUUCAGAUUAUUCGUUGGGUUCCGUGUCUAGAAUGAUGUUGUUUACUUCUUUUUCUUCUUGUAUCGCUAUGUUUAUGUGUGUGUGUUGUUUUUCACUCCUAUCAAAGAAAUUAUUUUAUGGGCACAAAAAGUAUUAAAUCUGUGAACCGAUAUAUCAAACAUGACAUAUAUGACUGUAAGUCCUAAAAAAUUUCAGCCCGUGCAAUGAUCUGAUGAUUCUUGUAUUUGA